GUCGGUACCCUUCUGAAUGUUUAGGGCGGUUCCGCAGACCAGUCUCGUAGACGUGCAGAAAAAUUGCAAAGAAAAUCUUUGUCAUUAGAAAAGUGUGUGCUUGGUACAGUUUAGUUAUCGGAAUUUUCAUUUCUACAAAUAUUAAUAUUACAAUUGUCGAGAAUAGAUGGACAUUCGCUUCGGAAAAGAGUACUCGAAUUUUGCGUGAAAAUUGUGGGGGUGAUUACUGACGAAUAAUUGUUAUAAAUCGAUUUGGUGUUGAUUUACAUAUAGGUGAAGAAAAAUACAGAAAAAUUGUUUAUUUUACGGGCAAUUCCAAUUACAUUUAGAAAUAACCACACGAUGCUAGUGUUAUAGUAACAAUAUGAUUAGUUGGCCAAUUGUUCUGAAAAGUUUUAGUGUUCAAUGUGAAUUUUUGUGUUCUAUUUUCCGACGAAGAAAAUAGCUCUUGAAAGAAAAACAGCAGCAAACAUCACUUCUUGAGGAUACAAAAAAAAACUAAGAUUGGAUUAACAUCAACAAAACGAUAGACUGUCUACAGUAAACUAAAAACUUUAUUAAAAAAAGUGUUCUUAAUUGACUUUGAAUCGAAAAAAAAGUUUUAGCUUUACUAUAUCGUUUGAAAGACUAUUAUUUCCAUGCGAUAAGAGAGAAAUUUUCUUUUUCAAUUAAUUGAUCGAUCGAAAUGGCUGGUCUGACAAUAAAGCUGGCCGUCCGCAUGUUAUGGCGACCUUCUGUAAACCUUCGAUGAUCUCUCCUCCAUCUACCCUUUCAAACGGCCCAGAGCCUUCUCAAUUACCUCCGUAUCCGCCACCAAUACGAUCAGGACAAGUAUUGCAACCAUUGUCAGUUUUUCCAGUGACCACUUUGAGUUCGGAAGAUUCAUACGAGUAUGUGUUUGGGGGGGCCUUGGAAACACCGGCCCUGUCAUCAACGAUUAAGCUGACCUCGCCACCAGUUCGACUUAGAUCAGAUGUAUCAUACCAUAGGAGUAGUUUAGAGGAUGGACGACAGUAUCGUCGUUCUGUUGGACAUGCACCAAAAAGACCACGACCCCUAGCGGAGAGCGGAUCGAACGCUUCCAGUAGAGGUCAUGGCGAUAAUGAUGAAGAUUCGCUACGACAGUUACUUCUUGAUUUGCAAAAGCAAGUUAGCGUGAUGAGUACGAAUUUAUCGGUCAAGCUGGAUCAGCUUCAAUCAGGAGAUCGACACAUGGAAACGACGGUCGCCUUGUGUGAAAUCCGAAAUCAACUGCAAGAGUUGACCAAAUCGGUGGAAAGUUGUCAGAGUGAAGUGUCGGAGGUUAAACGUGAUAUGGUAGCAAUAAAACAUGAAUUAGAUACGGUGCAACAGGUGAAAGAGGAAAUCGAAGAAUUACGCGAAUAUGUCGAUCGGCUAGAGGAGCAUACACACAGGCGAAAAUUAAGGCUGCUGGAGCAAUUUAAUUUCGUUCCUCUAAACGUCCCAAAACCUGAUGAGAAUUUCGAAUGGGAUUUAAAUAACUAUUCGGACGAAAAACUCGGUUUAACAUUUUUCUUGACGUAUGCGAUUUUCGCUGCCGUCUUGGGAAUGUUACAAUUCGGCUAUAACACUGGCGUUAUCAAUGCGCCGGGCAAAAAUAUCGAAAAUUUUAUGAAAGACGUGUACAAAGAUCGUUAUGGAGAGGAUGUGAGCGAAGAAUUUAUCAAACAACUGCGGUCGGUGGCCGUGUCAAUAUUUGCGAUUGGUGGAAUGUUUGGCGGUUUCAGUGGCGGUUGGAUGGCUAACAGAUUUGGGAGAAAGGGCGGACUUUUACUGAAUAACGUUUUGGGUAUAGCAGGUGCUUGCUUAAUGGGCUUCACGAAAAUUAGUCAUUCGUACGAAAUUUUAUUCCUCGGAAGGUUUAUUAUAGGACUGAAUUGCGGUUUAAACACAUCCCUUGUACCGAUGUACAUCUCUGAAAUUGCUCCGCUAAAUUUACGAGGUGGCCUAGGAACCGUUAAUCAAUUGGCUGUGACUAUAGGUUUAUUAUUGUCUCAAGUACUUGGCAUCGAACAAAUUCUCGGAACGAAUGACGGAUGGCCAGUACUACUGGGACUGGCUAUAUGUCCAGCCAUUUUGCAAUUAUUAUUGUUACCGGUGUGUCCCGAAUCACCGAGAUAUUUGCUGAUAACCAAACAAUGGGAAGAGGAGGCUCGGCGAGCACUGCGACGUUUGCGAGCAUCGAGUGCCGUAGAAGAGGAUAUCGAAGAAAUGCGUGCCGAGGAACGUGCUCAGCAUUCCGAAAGUCACAUUUCAACAAUGGAAUUAAUUUGUUCGCCAACAUUACGGGCACCAUUGAUUAUUGGAAUUGUAAUGCAAUUGAGCCAGCAAUUGAGCGGCAUCAAUGCAGUUUUUUAUUACUCAACGUCAUUGUUUACAAGUGCCGGUUUGACGGAAGAAAGUGCUAAAUUUGCAACUAUUGGAAUUGGUGCCAUAAUGGUUCUGAUGACUCUGGCUUCCAUACCACUCAUGGAUCGAACUGGCAGGCGAACAUUACAUUUAUAUGGUCUGGGUGGAAUGUUCAUAUUUUCGAUAUUCAUCACAAUUUCAUUUUUGAUAAAGGAGUUUUUCGGUUAUGUGCAGGAAAUGAUCGACUGGAUGUCCUACCUAUCGGUGAUUUCAACAUUGGCAUUCGUAGUAUUCUUUGCUGUUGGUCCGGGCUCCAUUCCAUGGAUGAUAACUGCCGAACUUUUCUCCCAAGGACCGCGUCCCAGUGCCAUGGCAAUAGCGGUGCUGGUAAACUGGAGUGCUAAUUUUGUUGUUGGAAUCGGAUUUCCAAGUUUACAGAAUGCAUUGGAGAAUUACACAUUCUUGCCGUUCAGUGUGUUUCUAGCAAUAUUUUGGAUUUUCACAUACAAGAAGGUACCCGAAACGAAAAAUAAAACGUUUGAGGAAAUUCUGGCACUCUUCCGGCACGGAAAUGGAAGAGGAAACCUUCGGGAAAGUAGGCUUUAUGGGAGUAUGCUAAACUGCGUAAAUAGUUUGGAACCGCAGAGUAUGAACUCUGGCAUCGAACAUGCCGCUCUGAUGAUAUCUGAGGAGAAGACCCAACAUGAUUCACUUUUCGGUACAUCGACACUUCCGCCGGAUGGUGAAAUGGGACCGUAUCCGUUAGACGGUGAAAUGGGACCGUAUCCGUUAGACGGUGAAAUGGGACCGUAUCCGUUAGACGGUGAAAUGGGGCCGUAUCCAUUAGAUGGUGAAAUGGGACCAUAUCCACUAUCUGAUGAUACGAAUCUAUUGGGACCGACAAGUUCUACCAAUUUACCCAUUUACCGAAAUUAUGGAUCGAAUUAUUCUACCAAUUACCAAAGCUGUGGUAGCAAUAGCAAAUAUGUAAAUAACUACGAACAAAAUCAAAGUAAUCAUAGAAUUAAUUCUGGUAAUCAACAUGGUAGUCAUAUCGGUAGUCACCAUGGAAGCAGUUGUGGACAACGACAGUAUGGAAAGAAUUUUACACCUGUGCCAAUUAGAAAAUCCCAUUCGAAAAGGGAUAGUUUUCGUAGACAUUCUGCUCAUGGAAGAAUAGCGUCGCCAUCAGCUGCUUCAGAACGAUGUUCCGAAGGCGCCCGAAAUGCUCAGCAAGCACGCACCGGUGCCUCUGUGCACCAUCACCAUCGUCAGCAAGUACCUGCUUGCCAGAACAACGGGCCUUGACUGAAGAAUGCCUUGCUCCCUAACACUGUUAGCGACAAACAUCGACCAGACUGCCACUCCUCCAAUACAACAAUACGGCAUCGCAGCAGUAGCUGCGGUAAUAGUGAAAAAGACACUGAUAUCAGUUACUGUGACUUUACGAAUAAUGACCAAACACAGAACGCAUCAGCAUCAAAACAAUGUUGUAUAGAGUCUGAUGCCGAGCAAUAUUUUGUAAAUAGCCUAUCGCGCAAAACUAGUUCCAGUAGCCAUGUCGCACCGAGCGAUUUAAUGAGUUACGGCUCGUGUAACUCCUUGAACCACCGUUCAAGAACGUCGUUAAACAGUUCUUGUUCAGCUCACCACCAUCACCACCACCAUCAUCAAACGGUCAGGAGAAACAAGUGUCCACAUCAUCAUAGAAGAAAACAUUCGACCAGUUGUGUGUUAUUGGGAUCAAAAAGAACGAGCCGAAGUACCAGUGUCCAAGGUUCGUCAUCGUCCAUUUAUGAACCAUUACAAGGUGAUGAAAGUAGUUUUAGCAUAGCGAAUAUGGUUCUGACUCCAUCCAAGAUAACCAUUGAACACAAUGAAACUGGUGAUAAAACGUUCCCACAAAAUGUGCCCAUCAACGAUCCCGAAUACAUAUCAUCGCCGAUAAAAUGGAAUUUCGCUUGUGACGGUGAAGGCAGUGCCAAUAAAACCGAAUACGUUGAAGUGGCCACUCAACCAUCAACAAGUUCGUCGAAAUAUGAUGGCAAUCACCGUCAAUCCGAUGUGAAAACGGUAUCGAUAUGGCGCACAGACAAUGAGGAAUCGAAUGCAAUUAUUUUCCACCAUGAAAGUGAAAUUGUGGAGAAUUGUUGCGAAAACUAUUUCAACUGUAAUUUUCAACAUGACGACCAACAGCACCAAAUGAUGACACAAUUCCGUGAAGCAUUCACAACCAGUAGCCAUGAAGUGCCCAAAUCGAAUGAACGACUUAACAACACCGUUGAAAUUGUUUCAUCGCACUCAGCCCCGUUGGACAUUUUAAACAGAAACAACAUUUCGUCUGUAAUCAAUCAACUGAAUCUUUCGCCCGAGUUUCGUCAUUACGAGAAAACGACAAAUCUCAGUCAACAGACCUCGGCUAAUUUAACACCGUGUCGAUUGUCACGAAUCAAUCAAAAUUUCAAUUUGCUUAAUCAAAAUAUGGAAAAUAAUAACUUUAGCGAGGAUAAGUUCAUAAACACAUCUAGAAACACUACCAACCAACUAAAUGCACAACACAAUGUGGCACAAUCAUCCAAUCCACCGAGCUCAUCAUCUGCUAUGCUGAGAAAUUUGGAAUUGUUCAACAUCAGCACGCCAUCAACAUCGCACCGUGGAAAGCCAAUUGGAAUUAACUUAACGACACAAAAUCAGUUUCCCACUUCUUCCAACCACAGCAGAUCGCUCAGUUCGAACAACUUCACUGCCGGACAUCAUAGUGGUUCCCUAUUGAAUGUAUCGUUCGAGCCAUCACCGGAAGUAACAAAUCGGUGGCAACAGGUGACAAAUACCGUUGGAUUGAGUGGACUUGCUAAAAUUGUUAGAAAACGAGCAAGGAAAUGCGCAGAAUUCGUUAAAGGAGACAAGUGAGUUGUUAUUUUGGAUCGAAUUAGUUGAUUGUUCUUGGAACCAAAAGUGGAACUAUUUAGGUAGGCUCUAGUGAAAUUCAACAUCAAUCGGAGUAUAUUGCAGCUAUGUUGUUUAUCGUGGAGUUAUCAACGAGCUUGAAAAUGGCUUCAGAUAGUUUUACUAGUUGUGUUCAAAUUGAAUUGAUACAUUGUAUCCAGAUGAAAAUUAGUCAGCUCUCACAAGGGGAAACAAUUUUUUUUGGAAUAUUGUGAAGGUAUCACCUAUCUCUCUCUUUCUCCCUCAACGGGAUAAGAUUCCGUAUUUCUGAUAAUUUACAAACUAGUGCCACAGAGAAGAUAUUUUCAUUGAAUUAACAAAAUUUUCCGACCGGCUUCAAAAUGUUCUAUAUUUUGAUCUUUGAUGUGCAUUAUGAGAAAAAUUCUUCCUCAAAAAUUUAUACUAAAGAACACAUCGAAUACCAAACACAAUCAAAUAUAAUUCUGCCCAUAUCACCCAUUAGUCGAGUGUGGAGAAUUGUUUCCGAACAAAUUGUUAUUAGCCUAAAAACUAAAAAAAAAGAAAAUUAUAAGUGAAAAUUAUAAGUGAAAAUUAUAAUUAUUACUUAAACGUAAAGAACAACCAUUAAUAAUGGUCCAUUAUGGAUGAAGAAAAUAAAAUACUCGUUGCAAGCAAAUACCGUUCGCAGCAGGUCAAAUUCGGGACAUAUCUAAAACUAUUUUAAUAGAAUUGUGAAAGUCUUGUCGAUAGAUUUGAGAUAAUUCUUAUUCAGAGCCUGCUCUUAUCAGUGCAUUCCAUUGCACACAUUUGUGCUACGGUGCAGAUAAGAACGUGAAGGUUAAAUUCUAUGAUCAGGUGAAUCUCAGGUUGCCUUGUAAGGUUGAACUUGGAGUUGACUCGUUUUGAGAAUUUGUAUUAACUUGAAAUGGACGAAAUUCUGACUCCAAAUGUCAUCCCCUUCAAGUGAGGGUGUUAGACGUGUGCAGCGGAAAGUAUGAAAGCCAUACUCUGAAUAGAAAUCAUGCCAUAUCAAAUCUAUGGCCCAGUCUUCUACAUAUCGAUUGGGUUAAUUUUGUGUGGUCUGAAUUUCACCAGUUCCGAAACUAAGAAUAUUUUGCUUACCAGAAAGAAAAAAAUUCUAAAUUUAUUAAUAAUUAAAAGUAAAAUAAAAGAAGGAAAUAAUUAGUAAAUUAAUAAUUUA